AUGGACCGCUGCUACGACUGCGCCGCGGUGCCGUCGUGUGGCUUCUGCCGAUCCACACUCACGUGCGUGCCCGGUAACCUCCACGGACCAUUCGCUCGGUACCAGAUCUGGUGCAGCGAUUGGAUCGCUGAGGCAGAGGCCUGCCCAGUGAACCCGCAGUGCAACACCAUCACCGAUUGCGGUAGUUGUGUCGCGUCGGAUGAAUGCGUGUGGUGUGCGUCCGAUGCAGCGUGUAUGGCGAUGGAAGAGGGUCUCGGCUCUGGGUGCAAAGCGCUCGUCAGCGACGCGCCAUGCCCCACGGUGAUUGUUCCAGAGACAAUCAUUGUAGGCGAUGUCAUCGUCCACCAGGAGCCACCCAAUGUGCGCAGUGGGGUCGUUGUCACGGGAGUUACCCAACACUCGCUAAACUAUUCCUUUGUGGUGAAUCAAUCCACUGUAACCGUGCAGUCAGGCGGUGGCAUCAUACUCCGUGGCGGUGACGACAAUAGAUUUAACACGGCCGGUGGUGGCGUGGCGAUUGUUGCUGGCGAUGGAGUGCACCAGAACCGUGGACGUGGCGGCACUGUCACGAUCUCCGGUGGAGACGGGCUUGGUAUCCAGAACUUUGAUAGCUCGAUCACGGGCGGUGCUGUGAAAGUAACAGGUGGAAUGUCAAAAGUCGGGACCGGAGGUAACCUCGAUAUGACUGGCGGUGUCGGUGCGACUACCGGUGGGUCAAUCAAUAUUGCUUCCGGCACGAGUUCUGCCUCGACUAGUGGCAGUGUUACGAUCAAGACUGCCAGCGUCGUCACCCAGGGCGGUUCCGGUGGAGUUGUUGUAGAAACUGGAAACGCAGUAAGUGGGACGUCAGGUGCAAUGGAGUUCCGCACUGGUACUUCGUCCUCGGAUGAGGCAGGAUCUAUUGUACUGUCCAGCGGAUCAUCCGAUGGUGGCAAAGGCGGCAGUGUUAUCGUGCGCGGAGGCUCGUCUGGCGGGGAUGAAGUCGGUGGGUCUGUGCGCGUGGAGACUGGUACAUCUGCUACCAAAGCUUCUGGCGGAGUAGUCAUUUUAACCGGUAACUCUGGAGUGAAUGGUUCCAGCGGUGCCAUCGUGAUUGGAUCGGGCAACUCGUCAUCAGGUGGGACUGGUCCGUUAUACCUGUUCACUGGAAGUGCAAAUGAAUCAAGCACGGGCUCAAUUUUUCUUACGGUUGGCACCGGAAAAACUGAUAGGGGUGGAAAGAUCCUUGCUACAGCAGGCGCUACGACCAAACUAGGAGGCACCGGAGGUGCAGUCAAAGUCGUAGCAGGGGAUGGAGCUAACACUGAUGAGUCCACCGGAGGUACAACCACUAUAAGCGGUGGCGCUUCUAUGGGGGCGUUAAACACAUCUGCCGGUGGCCACGUAAUUGUUGUUGGAGGAAAUGCAACCGGUGGAGCUGGUGGGUCUAUUAUGAUUUUUAGUGGGCUUAGCCAGAACGAUUCGAGCGGAGCAGUAGUAAUCCAAACGGCCGUCAGUGCUCAAGGGGGGAGUGGUAGUGUUCGUCUCUCAACAGGAGAUUCCGCACCAGAUUCUGGGCGGGUUGAAAUAUCGACUGGUACUUCGACUGAGGGCAACAGCGGUGCUAUCCAAUUAAGUGGAGGAAAGGCAGCCGUUGGACAUGGUGGUGGUAUUGCUCUUAAUGGCGGGCCAACUGAUAGUGGUGUUGGUGGGGCUAUCCACCUGUCAUCUGGAGUGAGCGCAUCAGGAGUUAGUGGAAGUGUUGAAAUGACGACGGCAUAUAGUCCGCUGGGAAAAGGCUCAGGAUCUCUGAGUCUUACGAGUGGCCCCGCUGCUCGUGGUGUAUCUGGAAGUGUUACCGUUGGAACAGGGUACACUAUCCGUAGCCCUGCGGGAAAUCUGCAACUUCAAGCUGGAUCUUCAUCGAAAAGCACACCCGGGAGCGUCAAUAUUGCUAGUGGUAGCUCGGCAGCUGACACCGAAGCUGGCGGUGCUAUUAUGCUUAGCGGGGGGUCUGGUUUGUCUUCAAACGGCGGCGUUGGUGGCGAGGUUAGCAUUGCUGGAGGUAACGGACACGGACUCCAUUCGGAAGCUGAAGGAGAUGGUGGUCGUGUUAAGCUUGCUGGAGGACAAUCGAUCGACGGAAGUGGUGGGGAGCUUCAGCUUCAAGGUGGGAGCAGCACCUCGUCCGUUGGGGGAGCUGUUAACCUUGUGAGUGGUGCAUCAGGCCUCAGUUCGUCUGGCACAGUGCGUGUGGCUUCAGCGAAUGCAGCCGCUUUCGGUAACUCUGGAAACUUUAUCGUGAACACUGGCAACACCCUGUUAGGAAUGGCUGGUUUAAUCACCCUAGAAACUGGAACAUCAGAAGGCCAAGCUGGGAGUGUUUCAGUCUUGGUCGGUUCUAAUGGAAUUGGCGACGGUGGUGACAUAUCUGUCGAAUCUGGUUCCUCGAAGCAUGCUGCUACUACAGGUGGAGCUCUGCUCUUAAGAGGAGGGUCGGGUAUGAGCGACAAUUCUGGUGACGGAGGCGACGGCGGCCGAGUUGUGUUAGCUGGUGGUUCGUCCCUCGGAUCUUCUUCUCAAGACACUGGUGGCGCAGUCUUCGUUCAGGGCGGCGAAGCGCAAAGCGGUGUCGGUGGUAAUGUCAAGAUGAUUUCCGGGGUAAGCGCUUACUCCUGGAGUGGUUCUGUUGAAAUUGCAUCCGCCCAGGCUGCGAGUGGGGGCAUGAGUGGUACGUUGUCACUUGGCACUGGAAACAGUCCAGACGGCUCUGCUGGAGCUCUGAAGGUGUCUACGGGCAGAGCAUCGAGAGGUAACAGUGGAACGAUCGAAGUUUUAGUUGGAGCGGGUGAUGCGACUGAUGGCGGAGACGUUCGAGUUAGUGCUGGGGAGUCGUCAGGGAUGGGCCACACUGGAGGUAAAGUGGCGCUAACUGGUGGUACUGGCUCGAGCACAAAUGCCGUAGACGGUGGAGACGGCGGAGAUAUUGACAUUAUCGGUGGCGAAGCACGUGGCUCAAACUCACUUGAUAACGGCGGCAGCAUUAACGUAGCUGCUGGUCGAGGGUCGUUCGGGUACGGAGGUGAUUUGUCUAUGCAAUCUGGAUCUGGGGUUGCCAGUUCUAGUGGCUCUGUGUACUUGAGUACACCAGACGCAGGCUCACGCGGUGUAAGUGGUAUGGUUACCGUCUCCACUGGAACAUCGUCGUAUGGAAACUCGGGUCCGAUGAGCCUGACGACCGGCGCGGCCAAAGGCGGCAAAGGAGGCCAGUUUCAGGUGCUUGUUGGUAGCGGUGACUUCGGUGAAGGAGGUUUGAUAUCGAUGGAAGCAGGUAGCACGACGGAUACUCGGACGGGAGGAUUUAUAUCACUCGUCUCGGGUGCAAGUCAGGCAACCUCCAGCGGUGAUAUCACAGUAAAUACGGCGAACGCCGGUGGAGCUGGAGGAAGCGGAGGUGUAAAGGUUCAAACCGGAACUGCUACUACUACAGAUUCAGGUGCACUUGUGGUUUUAACUGGUUCCGCGACGCUUGGACACGGAGGUGACAUUAUUGCUACUGUUGGGACUGGAACCAAAACAGAUGGUGGUCAAGUUCAGUUGACUGCUGGCGCGACGACUGAUGCUGGUAAAACGGGCGGAACUGUAGCCAUUCAGGCCGGCGAGGGAACCAGCCCAGCUUUCAGCAACGGAGGUAAUGGCGGCGUCGUGAAGGUGACUGGGGGAGCUUCUCAAGGUGGAAGUUCUGCACUUAAUACUGGUGGAAGCAUCGCGUUGGAAGGUGGUUAUGCACAUAAGGGCCGUGGCGGAAGUAUUCGCCUCGACACUGGCUUUAGUGCAGCUACAUCCAGUGGUGCAGUGUCUAUUGCAACUGCUGCUUCGGGAAAGAAGGGUACUAGUGGCUCUGCAAUUAUCAGCACUGGCGACAGUACUGCCGGUGAUAGUGGUGAGAUCAGUUUGUAUAGUGGCCAAGCCCUCAAAGGAAAAGGUGGAUACAUCUCGCUUUCGGUUGGAAACAACACUGAGAACUCUGGAGGAGAUGUGACAAUCAGUGCCGGACUUGCUCUCCAGAAGUACACUGGAGGUUCGAUCACCCUUACUACUGGUGGUUCCGUGCGAACUACGUCGGGUGACUUUCUGGUCCAGACGCCAAACGGUGGUACCGAAGGUGGAUCGGGAUCAUUGACGUUUACCACCGGUAAGAGCCAGACCACAAACAGCGGUGCAAUGACAUUCGUCACGGGGCUUGCGAACAAGGGUCACGGCGGAAGUGUAAUUGUAUCGGUUGGCGUGGGAGAUACGAAAAGCGGUGGUGAUGUGAACAUCACCGCAGGGGACACUUCCGCGGUUGCUCAGGUAGGGGGGGGUAUCUCACUACAAGCAGGAUCUGGAACAAGCACUCAUGGAAGCAAUGGUGGCGACGGUGGUGCUGUUCAAAUUCGCGGGGGCCAAGGCAUGGGUGGUAAGAAAGACUUUGACGUAGGGGGCAUGGUUCAUGUUGAAGGAGGGGCAAGCCGGACCUCAACAGGCGGCAAGAUUGAGGUAUUCUCCGGUACUGGUAUGACUUCCAGCAGCGGAGAUGUGGCGAUCAUGAGUGUCGACUCUGGAAAGAAAGGUGUGUCAGGCACGCUUCAGGUUCUAACCGGAAAUUCAACCGCAGGCCCAAGUGGAUCGCUUUUUGUAGUGACUGGAAAGUCUGAGCCUGGACCGGCAGGCGACAUCAUUGUUUCUGUUGGAACAGGGAGAACAGGAAGUGGCGGGCGUGCUGCAAUUAGCGGCGGCGAUAUGAGCGAUAUGAGAUCAACUGGUGGUGCAGUCGAUAUCACGGGGGGCCCCGUUAACGUUGUAGGCGGCUACGCUGGUGGUCAAAGUGGAGGGGAUAUUGCUGGAGCUGUCACUGUUCAUGGCGGUCAAGCACAUAAAGGAAGUGGCGGUGCUAUUAAUAUUAUCUCCGGCGUCCCCGAAUUCUUUUCGAGUGGAGAUAUUGAAAUACGUUCGGCAGAUUCGGGGUUCUACGGCGUCAGUGGGUCGAUUGUUACUCGCACCGGUAAAUCACAAGCCGGCGACUCGGGCAGCUUUGCCCUUCGAACUGGCGAUUCGGAUAAGGGUAGCAGCGGUAGUAUCGACGUCGCUAUUGGCAGCAGUCUUGCUAAGGCAGGUGGCGACUUCAAGCUGAAAGCUGGAUCGACGUCUGGAGAGGGACAGCCUGGAGGAAAUGUCGUUGUUUCAUCCGGUUCCAGCACGAAGGGUGAUAGCGGCAGCAUUACCGUGAGCACCGACAACUCUGGGACAGCCGGAGUUAGCGGAUCUAUUGCCGUUUCGUCUGGCACUGCUGCGAAAGGGGAUUCAGGUAUGAUCUCGCUAACUACUGGUAGCUCAACGGGAGGCCAUGGCGGCAAUGUUGAUGUCUUGGUUGGUACUGGUGGUGCUGGAAAUGGUGGAGACAUAACUGCGCGAGCUGGCGAUACCACAGCUACAGCCUCGGUUGGCGGAAAGAUUUCGCUUACCGCAGGCAGUGGUUUGAGCACUGAUCUGAAGAACGGUGGCGAUGGAGGUGACAUCGUCGUGUCAGGUGGUGAUGCUAGUGGUAAAAACUCCGCGACAGACGUCGGUGGAUCUAUUCACCUACUCAGUGGCAAAGGAAAUGCUGCAACUGGUGGAUUCGUGGCUAUCGUGACCGGAAAUGCAACCUCCUCUUCAAGCGGUGAUGUGAGAAUCUCCACAGGAGAUGCCGUUGAGAAAAACACUCACUCAUCGGGAAGCAUUAGCGUCAUUAGUGGUGCUACCGCCAAUGAGGCUAGUGGACCUAUUUCAUUACGCUCUGGAUCAGCUGCGAAGGGAACGAGUGGAGACAUUACUGUGCAAAGUGGGGAUAGCCUUCAAGGCGCAGCAAAUGUGGUCGUUCAGGCGGGAGGUACUUCUGCUGCAAAAGGAGGAUCUGUCGUCAUUAUUACAGGAGUCUCUUUUCCAGGCUCCAGUGGCGACAUCGACAUUAGCUCUGACCGGAGCGGCAGUAGUGGUGGUAGUGGUGUCGUGAACAUUUACUCGGGGUAUUCUCGUGGUCGGUCCUCCGGCACCGUGACACUAAGCUCAGGUGCAUCGGAACACGGAGCAGGUGGAGAUAUUCAACUUUUUGUAGGCUCAGGCGUUGGUCGCCCGGGUGGAAAUGUAGGCGUCACUGCUGGAGCGACUACUCACGCUGAUGGUGGUGGUAAUGUUGCUAUUCAGUCCGGGCAGAGUACUACAUCGUCCAGCGGAAGCGCAACGUUGUCUACAGCCGAUGCCGGAAAGGAAGGGCACUCUGGCUCCGUCGUGAUCGAAACCGGAACUUCCACUGGUAUGCCCGGCUCCGGAAGUGUUUCACUUCUCACUGGCGAUGCCCUCAACGGUGGAGGUGGUAAUAUUACAAUCGCAGUCGGCCUUGCCUCCGUUGGUGAUGGUGGGUCGAUUCAGCUGGAAGGAGGAGACUCCACGGCUGCUCGUGGUCAGGGAGGCAGUGUCCGACUAAUAGGUGGUAGCGGCCGCUCUACUGAUGACAAGGAUGGAGGAAACGGCGGUGAUGUGGAAAUCGUGGCCGGGUCGUCCGAUGGCACGAACAAAGUUUGUGAUCCGGGAGGAGCAAUCGCUAUUUCUGGUGGGGACGCCGCGGAGUCUGCAGGCGGUGCAGUCUCGAUUGCCUCUGGCUCCUCGUUGAGUGCAUCAAGCGGUGACGUCUCACUUGAUACGGCUGAUGCAUCUAGCUCGACCGGCGCAAUUGAGUUCCACACUGGCAUCGCCAGUCUUGGUGGCUCGGGUAGCGUUGGCAUCCGGACGGGUGAUGCUAAUAGUGGGGGAGCAGGCUCGGUUAACAUUGCGGUCGGUACGGGGUCAAACGCAGCCGGUGGAGAUGUCUUUGUCUCUGCUGGUUCGACAACUGCACCGAAGGGCAGAGGUGGUAAAGUUGCUAUCGUGACUGGAUACAACUCGGCAACUUCUAGUGGUCAUUUGUCCUUAGAAACUCCAGAUUCUGCAAAAGAUGGUGGAUCAUCUGGCCAAAUUUCUUUGAAAACGGGCGAUUCGGCAACCAAGUCUGUUGGAUCGAUUAUUCUUAGCACUGGCUUAGGUGCAGUCUCCGAUGGGGCUGGUAUUCAAGUCGCUGCAGGGAAGGCAAGCGCUGGAAAUGGUCAGUGGGUCAACAUUACUGGCGGAGAUGCGUUUCAGGCUGGAGAUGCUAUUGCUGGAGGUGUCACUGUUGCUGGCGGUGUCGGGCUUGGAGACGAUGAAGCUGGUGGUGGCCGUGGUGGCUCUGUGAAGUUAGUGGGUGGAAAAAGUUAUGGAGGCUCUUUCAGCAAGGAUGUUGGCGGGUCGGUUGCUCUCCAAGGUGGUGAAGCUAUUGCUGCGUCAGGUGGCGCUGUCAGCAUUAUCAGCGGUGCGAACGCAGUCUCAUCUAGUGGAGAUGUUUCACUACAAACGCAUGGUGCUCGCGUUGAUGGAAGCAGUGGGCUUGUUAAUAUCGUUUCCGGACAUGGUGCAGUGAGGUCAGGUCCCAUUUUGAUAUCUUCGGGUUUAUCUCCAGUUGGAACUACUGGAAACGUGACUUUCUGCUCAGGUGACACUAGUUCUGGAGUAUCUGGAUCGAUUGCAGUGUCUACAGGUACUGCCAAUACUGGUAUCCCCGGCUCAUUCGCUCUGAGCACUGGAAGUAGCAGCUCUGGCGUUGGAGGUAACUUCGUAGUUCGUCUCGGAUUGAACAACGGCAAUAUCUCCUUGGAUGCUGGAGAAUCUGCUUUGGGUACUGGAGGCUCGAUUCGGCUUGGUACAGGAGUCGGUCCAGUAUCAUCAGGGUCUGUAUCUGUUUCAACACUUCUGGUGCUCUUGGUGAUGGUGGCGAUGUAG